AUGUCAAUCAUCAGCGUCAAUGUCAGCGCAACGAACCACCAAACCUUUCUCCUAGUUGGCAUUCCUGGCAUGCGGGAGUAUAAUUCUUGGAUGACCUUCCUUCUCUGUGUGCUCUACAUCCUAACGCUAUGUGGGAACUUCACUAUUCUCUAUGUCAUCAAGACAGAGCAAAGCCUCCAUGAGCCCAUGUACAUCUUCCUCUCCAUCCUCGCCUGCUCAGAUCUGGGCCUCUCCUUGUCCACCAUGCCAACAAUGCUGAGUGUUUAUUGGUUUGACUCCAGAGAAAUCUCAUUCAAUGCCUGCAUUACUCAGAUGUUCUUCAUUCACACAUUUGGAGUGGUAGAGUCUGGCAUCCUUGUGGCGAUGGCUUUUGACCGCUUCAUUGCUAUACGGGACCCCCUGAGAUACACCUCUCUCCUCCAAAAUCCAGUAAUUGGAAGAAUUGGACUAGCUGUCUUGGCCAGAGGGGUCUGUGUUUGCUUUCCUGUCCCCUUCCUUAUUAAACGGCUACCCUUCUGUAGGUCCAAUCUGCUCUCUCACUCUUACUGUCUCCACCAGGAUGCAAUGAAGUUGGCCUGUGCAGACACAAGAGUGAAUGUGUUCUAUGGACUGAUCAUAGUCGUUUGCACCUUGGGGUUAGAUGCUGUGGUCAUUCUGGUCUCGUACAUUCUCAUCCUGAAGAUCGUUCUGAAUAUUGCUUCCCAUGAAGAACGCCUGAAGGCUCUCAACACCUGCGUCUCCCACCUGUGCGCCAUCCUGAUUUUCUAUGUUCCCCUGAUAGGUGUCACUGUAGUCCAUCGAUUCGCAAGGCUCCUCCCUCCCAUAGUUCAUAUGAUGAUGGCCAACAUUUACAUUGUGGUCCCUCCUGUUCUUAAUCCCAUUGUGUACAGUGUGAAAACUCAACAGAUUCGACGAAGGAUACGCAAAAUGCUCCAGCAAAAGAAAAUCAGAAGUUGA